AUGGGAUCUAGUGAACACUCGGGGGGGAGCAAGAAGAAGGUCACUAUCAUUGGCCUGUCUUCUAUUUUCCUAGUGGCAAUGGUUGUGGCGGUGGCUGUCGGUGUCAACCGCCAGAACAGCGGCUCUGGUGGUGGUGCAGGUGGCGGUGGUGGUGAGAUAUCAACAAGCAACAAAGCAAUCAAAGCCAUAUGCCAACCCACUGAUUAUAAAGAGACUUGCGAAAGCAGCCUCUCUUCAGCUCAGAAUACCACUGACCCUAAAGAGCUCAUCAAGGUUGCCUUCCAAUACACGGUGACCAACAUUGGCGACGCCAUCAAGAAUUCUUCUCUUCUUCAAGAAGCAGCCAAGGACCCGAGAACAUCCGAAGCGUUUGAGACAUGCAAGGAGGUCCUGGACACCGCCAUUGAUGAUCUCAAGAGAUCUUUCGAUAAGGUUAGCACUUUUGACAUUAGCAAGAUGGAUGAUUACGUUGCAGAUCUCAAGACAUGGCUCAGCGGAUCAAUCACAUACCAAGAGACUUGCUUGGAUGGUUUUGAAAACACGACAGGCGACUCUGGGGAGAAAAUGAAAAAACUAUUGAAAACAGCAGGCGAGCUCUCGAGCAAUGGCCUCGCCAUGGUUUCCGAGCUUGGCCAAGUCCUUACCUCAUUACAAAUCCCUGGUCUCACCCGUCGUCUCCUAUCUGAGGAGGAAGAAUCGAUCCAAGAUCCUUCAUGGGUCAAUUCUAAAAGGCGCGACCUCCUUGGGGCUCAACCCGGUGCCAUCAAGCCCAAUGCCGUGGUUGCUCAGGAUGGGAGUGGAACACAUAAGACAAUUAAUGAUGCCUUAAAGCUUACAACAAAGAGCAGCAACGAUACCUUUGUGAUAUUGAUCAAGGCUGGUGUUUAUAAGGAGUAUAUCGAAAUUCCUAGGCACGUCAACAAUAUUGUGUUCCUCGGAGAAGGUCCAACCAAAACCAGGAUCACAGGAAACAAGAAUUACGCUGAUGGGGUGGGCACUUACAAAACUGCAACAGUUGCUGUGAAUGGAGAUCAUUUCAUGGCUAAGGACAUUGGAUUUGAGAACUCAGCAGGAGCUAUAAAGCAUCAAGCUGUGGCACUCCGCGUCUCAGGUGAUAUGGCCAUCUUCUACAAUUGCCAGAUCGAUGGUUACCAGGACACUCUCUACGCUCACUCGUACCGGCAAUUCUACCGGGACUGUAACAUCACCGGCACCAUCGACUUCAUCUUUGGCGACGCCUCGGCUGUCUUCCAAAACUGCAGGAUGAUUGUGAGGAAACCACUAGACAACCAGGCCUGCAUGGUCACCGCUCAGGGAAGGAAAGACAAGCGUGGACAAGGUGCGACUGUCCUCCAAAACUGCUACAUCACCGCAGAACCGGCAUUUAUCGCCGCUACACUGCCGUUCAAAUCGUACCUCGGACGACCAUGGAAGGACUUCUCUAGAACCAUCAUCAUGCAGUCUUUCAUUGAUAGCACUAUUGAUCCAGAAGGAUGGGCUCCAUGGGCUGGUACUUAUGCCCUUGACACCUUGUGGUAUGCUGAGUAUGACAACACAGGCCCAGGUGCUGGGCAGGCCGCAAGAGUGAAAUGGAGUGGUAUCAAGAAGAUUUCUCCACAGGAAGCUGAGGGUUUCACCCCUGCAAAGUUCAUUGAGGGUGAUAUUUGGAUCAAGCCCACUGGCAUCCCCUAUGAUUCUGGGAUGAUGCAAUCAUUAAAAGUGUCCUCUGUAAUGUGA